CUGCAAAGGAAGGUGUUUUCAAUAUGGAUUUGGGUAAUGGAGAUGGGGAUGCAACCGCUAGCGAACUCCUCCAAGCUGAAGCGCAUGUAUGGAAUCACGUAUGUAGCUUCAUCAACUCAAUGUGCUUAAAGUGUGCCAUUCAAUUAGGCAUACCUGACAUAAUCCACGACCAUGGCCGACCCAUGACCCUCCUCGAACUCGUCUCUGUUCUCAAUAUCCAACCAAACAAAGCUCACUGUAUCCAACGCCUCAUGCGCAUCCUCGUCCACUCCGGCUUCUUUGAACUACGGGACCUCAAAGAAGAGGAUCGCCAAACUGGGUAUGCGCUCACCGGCGCGUCUCGGCUCCUUGUGAAGAGCAAUCCCUUAAGCGUGGCUCCCUUCGCGCUCCUCACGCUCGAACCUUUCUCCAUGGAGCCGUGGCAGUAUCUGAGCGCGUGGUUGGGGGGUGGAGAAGAUGUCGCCCCAUCAACGAUCGAGAUGGCGCAUGGCGUACCCGCGUGGGAGCUCUCGAGGCGCGAUCCCAAGGUCAGCGUCUUGUUCAACGAGGCGAUGGCGAGCGACUCGAGAUUGAUAGCAAAGGUGGUGGUGGAUACAUGCGGGGGAGUGUUCGAGGGGUUGAGCUCGGUGGUCGACGUGGGAGGUGGGUCGGGGACGAUGGGUAAGGCAAUCGCGGCUGCGUUCCCGCACUUGGAGUGCACGGUGUUCGAUCAGCCACACGUGGUGGAUGGUUUGGUCGGAAGUGAGAGGUUGAAGUUUGUUGGAGGCGACAUGUUUGUGGAGAUUCCCCCUGCGGAUGCGAUCUUUCUCAAGUGGAUAUUGCACAAUUGGAGUGACGAAAAAUGCAUCGAGAUACUGAAGCAAUGCAAAGAAGCGGUGUCGAGUCGAGGCAAGGUUGGAAAAGUGAUUAUGAUAGAUAUGGUUGUAGGGAAUCAAACAGAAGAUCACAGAUCCAUCGAAACGCAACUCUUCUUUGACCUGUCGAUGAUGCUUACCUUCAAUGGAAAAGAAAGGGAUGAAAAGGAAUGGGAAAAGCUGUUUGUUGGUGCUGGCUUUGGUGCUUACAAGAUUGUCACUCAUUUGGGCCUUCGAUCCCUUAUUGAGAUUUAUCCUUGA